AUGACAACGUAAACACAGUAGUGUGAACCCCAGGUGUUAUGGCUGGUUGCAGAAGCGUGUGUGGGGAGAGAACUGCCUUGAAACCGCGGCGUCAAAGGGAGGGGGGGCAGGCCAGUGGGUGCACCAAACCGUCUGCACAGUUUGAGUGAUCACACACACACACACCAUGGCAUGAUCAGCUUGGAGCCGCACGCAGUCACUCGCACUGCACUGCAGCAUGAAGGCAACAUCUCCCCCGAUGGUCGAAUUCGAAGGUUCGAAACCUAGCUAGUCGACCGAACAAACACCCACAGGCCGUAGCGGGGACGCCAUGGAGCGAGAGCCUGCGCGCUCCCUGGAACGCGCUAUAUAUGCCGUGCGUGCUCGGUGGCGAAGAAGCCUCUCAUCGCCAACUCGGAGACCUUGAGAGGAAAGCCACCGCGCGCUAGGGCCUAGGGCAGGGCACGAGCAAAGGCCCUCCCGCGGGUUCCAUUGGAGCGCGAGCGAACGGCGCCGACGCGGCAACACACAUUCGCUUUAUUUGCCAUGACAUCGCCGUCCUCGUCGUCGUCCUGGCUGCUGCUGCUCCUCUCGUGCCUCGCGCUUGCCCUGCUCGCGGCGGACGCCGAAGUGCACCACCAUGAGUUCGUUGUCCAAGAGACGCCAGUGAAGAGGCUGUGCAAGACGCACAACGUCAUCACGGUGAACGGGCAGUACCCGGGGCCGACGCUGGAGGUCAGAGAGGGCGACACGCUGGUGAUCAACGUCGUCAACCGGGCGCAGUACAACGUCACCAUCCACUGGCACGGCAUCCGGCAGAUGAGGACCGGGUGGGCGGACGGGCCGGAGUUCGUGACGCAGUGCCCCAUCAGGCCCGGCGGCAGCUACAAGUACCGGUUCACCAUCGAGGGGCAGGAGGGCACGCUGUGGUGGCACGCGCACAGCUCCUGGCUCAGGGCAACCGUCUACGGCGCGCUCAUCAUCCGCCCCAGGGAGAACAAGACCUACCCCUUCGCCAAGCCCUCGCGCGAAGUCCCCGUCAUCCUUGGGGAGUGGUGGGACGCGAACCCGAUCGACGUCAUCCGGGAGGCGCAGAGGACGGGCGGCGCCCCCAACGUCUCCGACGCGUUCACCAUCAACGGCCAGCCCGGCGACCUGUACAAAUGCUCCCAGAAAGCUCCUCAGCUCCUCCUCCCGCAUCGGCACGCAGAGACUACGGCCAUCCCGGUGAAGCCCGGCGAGACGGCGCUUCUGCGGUUCAUCAACGCCGCGCUCAACCACGAGCUGUUCGUCACCAUCGCGCAGCACAGGAUGACGGUGGUCGCCACCGACGCGUCCUACACCAAGCCCUUCACCACCUCGGUGCUCAUGGUCGCGCCGGGACAGACCACCGACGUCCUCGUCACCAUGGACCAGGCGCCCGCCCGGUACUACGUCGCCGCGCGCGCCUACGUCUCCGGGCAGAACGUGGCGUUCGACAACACCACCACCACGGCGGUCGUCGAGUACGACUGCGGCUGCGCCUCCGACUUCGGCCCCAAGAUCCAGCCGGCGUUCCCGUCCCUCCCGGCCUUCAACGACACCGCCGCCGCCGCCGCCUUCGCCGCGGGGAUCAAGAGCCCCGGCAGGGUCAGGGUCCACGAGAGCGUCGACGAGCACCUCUUCUUCACCGUCGGCCUCGGCCUGUUCAACUGCGAGCCGGGCCAGCUCUGCGCCGGGCCCAACAACAGCACCCGCUUCACGGCCAGCAUGAACAACGUCUCCUUCGUCUUCCCGCGGACCGACUCCCUCCUCCACGCGCACUACUUCAAGACCCCCGGCGUCUUCACCACCGACUUCCCGGCGCACCCGCCGGUGCAGUUCGACUACACGGCGCAGAACGUCAGCCAGGCCCUGUGGCAGCCGGUCCCCGCGACCAAGCUGUACCCGCUCAGGUUCGGCUCCGUGGUGCAGCUCGUCCUGCAGGACACCAGCAUCGUCACGCCCGAGAACCACCCCAUCCACAUCCAUGGCUACGAUUUCUUCAUCCUCGCUGAGGGCUUUGGCAACUUCGACCCCGAGAAGGACGUCGACAAGUUCAACUACGUCGUCCCGCCGCAGCGGAACACCGUGGCGGUGCCCGUCAACGGGUGGGCGGUCAUCCAGUUCGUCGCCGACAACCCAGGUGUGUGGCUCAUGCACUGCCACCUGGACGUGCACAUCACCUGGGGCCUGGCAAUGGCUUUCCUAGUGGAGGACGGGUAUGGAGAGCUGCAGUCCCUGGAGCCGCCCCCAGUUGAUCUUCCCAUGUGCUAAUGCUGACCAGAAGCAACUGUGUUGAGGAAUCGAAAGCAUGUUCACGCUUCCAGCUUGUUUUGAAGUUUUCCCCUGUAAAUCUAUGUAAUUUUCAAUGACAUUCAGCAUAUUAUUAGAGAAUAAAUUAUUUCUUUUUGUGUAUGAUCAA